GUGUAUCCUCGACCGGCUUACUGUGCACCACGAGUCGUCUAUCCACGAGUCGUCUAUCCACGAGUCGUCUAUCCACGAGUCUACUAUCCAAGACCCCAAGUCAUCUGUCCUCGCCCAAGGCCCGUCAUCAUCUAUCCGCGACCGCGACCAAGGCCCUACUACCCACCCGUCAUCAUCUAUCCGCGACCGCGACCAAGGGUCGUCUACCCCAUCGUCCCCGUCUAUCCGCAACCAAGGCCCCGUCCGAUCGUCAUUCCGCGACCACAGCCAUUCGUCUUUCCGCCACCAAAG